AAAGUGAAUCAUUCUUAAAGUGACUCAUCUGGAGACUGUGUGUGGAGAGUCGUCUUCUGUUCAGGGUGGUGUAACAGCGUUAGAGAGGUUGAUUAAAGAGUAGAGAUGAGUGCUAAUUUUGCUAAGUGUGGCUCGGUGUUAAUCACAGGGGCGAGCAGAGGUCUGGGUCUGCAGAUGGUCAAACAUUUAGUGGGAAUUUCUGAGAGACCACAGAAGAUCAUCGCCACUGCCAGGAGCCCAGACACAGCUCAGAAGCUGCACCAAAUUGCCAAAUCUCAUCCUGAGGUUUAUGUCGUGCCUUUAGACGUGGUCAAUGACGCGAGCAUUGAAGCUGCGGUUCAGGAGGUGUCGAGCAUCGUGGGUCCUGCGGGGUUAAACUGCCUGAUCAACAACGCGGGGAUCCUGAUUCACGGGGACCUGAACUCGGAGACGCGUGAAGGCAUGAUGACCACGUUCCAGUGCAACACCGUCUCGCCGCUGUUCGUUACCAGGGCGUUCCUGCCGUUAUUGCGAGCGGCGGCGGUGUGUGCCGGCGGUGUGAUGAGUGUGAACAGAGCUGCGGUGAUUAACAUGUCCUCUCUCCUCGGCUCUGUGGAGCUCAACCGGGAAAAAGCAAGUUCUUAUAGAGUUUACGCUUACCGGGUGUCAAAGGCAGGUCUGAACAUGGUGACGAGGGGUUUGGCGCUUGAUCUGCAUUCGGACGGGAUCCUGUGCGUGGUAGUUCAUCCCGGCUGGGUGCAGACUGAUAUGGGAGGAAAACAGACAGUGUAAUGUUUUCACAUUGAUGCCUAAUCAGCUCGGAACCACGCCCACCUUUCAGCUUUAGGAAAGACAGGAAGUCUACAAUGGUGUGCAGGAUGUCUUCGUCUGCUAUUCUCAGGGCACCUUUGGGGGGAUAGAAGAUGGGAUUAAUCGUGAGAUCGAGAGACGCCACAGAAACUGACGAAGCUCUUCACUGCUGUCAAUCAUCCGGUACAAGUAUAAGCUCCACCCCCCUGCUGGUCCAUUCACAUACAUUGUUUUAAUAAGUACCUAACCCUAACCCUUCGUCACCUGUCUCUUUUUACUCUUUACACUUAGUGUUCUCGAAUGUUAAACGCUGACUGCCAGAAAUCCGCUAAAACUGUUCAUUUACCGCUAAUUCCAUACGAUCAGCACCUGUCGGCUAGCUGUUCUCUUCCUUACGCGUUCUCCCUGUGGAAUUCUGCGCUCUUUACGUUUUCUCAACAGCUGUUAUGUAUUAGCGUGAAUCCAAAAACUCGUCUGCUACGUUGAUCCUGGGUCUCAGGCUCAGGCAGAGGGCUGUCAAUCAACCAUGCUCUUUUGAAUAUUAGACCACACCCCCGACAGUGAACACAUCAGCGCGUUACCAGAUUUGAUGUCGUCUUCCAUGAAUGCGUCCCUCUUCCCGGCCAGACCGUGUUUAUCGCUGAGCGUCCUGUAACUGUCGAUGCCAUCUGAGCACAAAACACAAGCGCAUGAAAUACACACACACACACACACACACACACACACACUGCAGCCCUGACUCACAGCAGGACCCAUUCAUCCCAAAUGCGGUGCAUUAUCUUGAAAUGAUGCACCCAUUUUCAGGCAACCUGCAGGGCUUCGGUCACUCGGAAUUGCGUUUGAGGUUCAUUUUCCCCACGGCAAUGAGCACAGAGGGAGAGAGAGAGGGAGAGAGAGAGGGAGAAAACAAAAAAAAUACCAGAAAAGACAAUAAUUGGUUCAUGAAAGAGAAAUAAAAAAAGAAAGAAAGCAGGAGAGAGAAUAAACGACAGACAGAAUCUCACAGCACAGGUACAGACAGGCGGAGAGGAAGCUUGUACUGAAAUAACGCUGCUUUAAACACACACACACACACACACACACACACACACACACACACAUGCACACGCUAACCAAAAGCCAAAAUGAAUUUGCGUUAAUAAGAGUUAUAAAGUGUUAAUAAGCGUUAAUAACGGGAUGUUUAGUAGCAGCAGGUCGUGUAUUUUGAUGUUUAUUAAAGCAGCAGUGUUUACACCUUUACACCAGCGAGGUGGAUUCUGCUACACAGCUAACGUAGUGUAGCAUGGACCACUGAACGUGUGUGUGUGUAAAUUAUCCCUCGGUCAGUUUUGGAGGCGUGGCUUAAAGUUUGAAAGUAGUUCAGAAGUGAUCUGAGUUACUGGCAGGAGUGAGUGAUUUACUCAGUGCUAAUCCGGUAGCUAUAAUCGUUCUUCAUUGUUAGCUAAAUUAGCUUCACAGCUCCAGUGUAAAAUGUUCAGCGUGAGACAGGAAGUGAUCUAAAAUGAAUUUUUCCUCUAAAUGAAAUCUUUCGAAAAGCUCGGUGAGGUUUGUAAUGUUUAAAACGCUUUAGAUCUCUAAUUAUACUUCCUAUGUUUUAUACUAAUAUAUAAACUACACAUCUUUUCGAUAAUACUUAUGACAGUAAGUAACGGAUCCUGUUAUUUUAUUCAUUUCUGCCAUGUAGAAGCAAACCCCGCCCACCAGUCAGAAUAUGCUACACUCAGCCCCGCCCCUUUUCCUUAAAAGGGAAAUGGUGAGGCAUGCACUGGGGAAGUCCUUGGGUUUGUGUUUUUAUUUAACACUUUACACACCGCUGCUUUAACACACUCACGCUUAUUUAACUGAACUGAAGUGCAGCGUUGCCGACUGAGUGACAGUCGCCGGAUCUGGAUUUUUUAGACGCCUCGAGUGACUUUAUUAUUUUUUUAAAAGAGCCUUGCGACAGCUCUAGCGGUGCUUCGAGCAGGACGUUUGCAGCUCUGUGACAAAUGUUAAUAUCUGCAUGGUUUAAUAAGAUGAAUAAUUAUCAAUAAAAAUUGACUUUGCAUCUA